AGAAAGAAGAAAUUUUAUCUACUGAAAGAAUAAGAUAUAAAUAGAAUGAAGAUGAAUGUGUGUAAUCCUCAACCUAUUAUAGAAGAGUGUGACAGAGAUUUUUCUGGUACAAGCAAUGCUGAGGUGGAUUUUUCGGAGUAUAUGUGGAUGGGGGAGGAAUUGGAGGAAUUUGACCGACAGGUUGAAGAAGAGUUAUGGGAGGAAGCCUUCAUUGAAGCUUGUUUCGAUGAAAUGAUGGCAGAGGAGAAGACUCGAACUAAUGGCAGAACUCGUCAACCUCGCCAGCAACAGCAAUUUAACACCAACAAUAAUAACUACCAGCGUCAACAACAACAACAAUCACAGCCAUCACAACAACAUCAUCAGCAAUAUGUCUACGAUAAUAAUAUGGCCAAUAUAGAAGAUAGUAUGAAAAUGUUCAAUUUGGGUGAAAACAAAGUUAAAGCUGAGGUUGUAAAGAACAGCUGCUUAAACCCAGAGGCACCAGAAUUUGUUCCUGGUAAUUUUAUGAAGAGAUGAGAAGAGGUAAAGUUUCUAGCCAGUAAUUGUAUUCAGAGUGAGAGGAUAGAAAGACACUAGAAAUACUAAAAUUGUUCCCUGUGUAUGGUAUAAGGAAGCCAUGUUAUUUGACAUUUCCUGAUUUGUAACAAAGCCAAGUGUAUUUUGUGAUGGUAUAUAUGUAUUAAUUGAAGGCAUGAUGAAAACAUUGAAAUGUAUGGUAUAUUUUAUCAUGUGCCUAUAUUUUGUGAAAAAGGCGACGAAUUACAUUCUUCCAAAAAGUCAAUAAUUUCAUGGUUAUUUUUUGAUCAUCCUUUUUAUUAAUGCCCAUACCUCUUACAUUAUUAUUAUUUUUUUGUUGUUUCCGUGGUACAUCAUUCGUUUAGUCAUUUAAAUAAAGAUCUCUUGAUUAAGUAAUUACCUCCUUUGAAGAACUGCCAAAUUAAAUUCUCCACACAUCUGAAUUUGUCUCCCUUUGUUAUCUGAAUUUGUUUUAACAUUAAAUAAUUUUUGAUGGCUAAAUCUGACUUAAUUAUCCAGCAAUGUAUUUUGUUCUUGUCAGAUCUUUGUAUUAUUUCUUUCUUGAAUAAUGAAUGAGAAUUUAUUGUGUUUUUAAAAUCAAAUAAUGUAAAAUAUCAUUGUUUAUACUGCCAACCAAGAAGGUUAGUGAGCAUUAUCAAUAAGGGCAUUUAUUCAUCCUUUCUUCUGGGCAUUAUGACUUGUUUCAGGGCAUUAUGAUUUUCACUAUGUUGUGUGCUAGAUUAAAGUGCUUACUGGUAUGAUGUUACAUCUAUUGAAUUUAUCAAAUGCUUUAAAUGUUGAUUUAUUUAUUUUUUUUUCUUUGUCUUUAUUCAAUUUUAUGAAGAUUUUAAUUAAUUUUAUGUAAUUUAUUACAUCGUUAUUAAAAUCUGCUGUUAAA